AUGCUUGUUGUAUUGGAUGAUACUUGUUUAGAGAUGUGGUGUGUUGUAAACAAGAUAGGGAUGGCUAGGAUGGUUCCGGAGCGACGGAUGCGGAAGGGAGGGCAAAUUAUUGAUAUUAUUGACGAGUUAUGGGUAGGGUCAUCCAUUGGAGGUCAGAAAGUCAUCGGAAGGUCGAGAGUUGGUGCACAGUGGUCAGUCAGUCUCUUCCCUGAUGUUGAUGUGUUGGUGUCUGUCCACCGUGUUAUGAUUGUGCGAGGGAAGGGAAAUGGGUUUGGUUGGGUGAAAUCGACGACUCAAUUAAGGAGAAAUCCAGUUCAUAUGAAGAAAUCACCUGGGAAAGGAGGCGAUGUGUCGUAUUGUUGUCUUCCGGAAAAGGAAGGCUUGUUCAGUCUGGCGUUCGUGCCCUCUGCCCGUUCGCCAUGUCUCUCCCCUGUUUGUCGGUCUUAUUUAUGGAAUGAGCAGAGACAUGAAUGUCCCUUCGUCUCGUCACGACACUAUUCAGAGGAUGUUUGCCAGUGUGGUGCUCUGCCUGUCGAAAGUACUCUCCCCUUCUGGCGUCAUUUGGCUGCGGCACUCGUUGGCAGGCAGACAUAG